CCCAUCCUUCUUCUUCUCCUCCUCGCAUCCUUCCCCUUCUUCGAAACCCUAAAUUUUCCCCAAACUCCAACAGAGAAAUUCGACAUCUCCUCUAUUCUGUGGACGAAGAUAACAGCAAUUGGACAACAUGGACAUGUCCACCCUGGAACCAUUAUAUUAUUGCAAUGCAGUACAAUUUUCUGGGGUUGCUCAAGAAGGUAAGAGACUUUGGAUCAGAGCAAGAACUGCACCGAUACAUUAUAGGCUCCUCAAGCUAAUUCAUAGCUGUCGUCGUUGGAUUGACCUGUCCGGCGUGGACAUGGUUCCGAUCAGAAUAAAACUCUACCAGCAAACAGUAACUGUCCGCUGGGAUGAGUUUUGUAGAGGCCUUUGUUUUGAUGAACCAAAAUGGGUAACUGAAAGACGAUUUAUUGUCCCUGUCUCUGAUUUCAAGGCAUUAUCGAAAAUGGGUGGCUAUAGAAAGAUUGUGGCCGGGUAUCUUUCCAGCAUGCGCGUCCCAGAAGAUGAACAUGAAGCUAUUAUUCAAGAAAUAUUUUGGGCAAUUCAUCAUGCCGUCCCUGAAUUUCCCAUUAUAGUGAGGAUACAGCAGUUGACUCUGCAAGUAGCGGACAAUGCAAUUACAUCAUAUAUUGAGGGUUUGGAGAGAGUGAGAGUUGAUAGUUUGGAGGAAGCUAUUAGACAUGCAACUUGCGCUAUUUGUAGGGAGGACCUUGAUCACUUUGAAGGGAUUGAUAAUGAUGAGCAGAAGAUUAUUCGCUUGCCCUGCUUGCACCUUUAUCAUGGAGAUUGCAUUGCCCCUUGGCUGGAGAGGUGUCUGGACUGCCCAUUGUGUCGACAGUUUAUGCCUAUUGUGCAAGAGGCUAAUUCAUCAUCAAAACCCUGCUGCUCAUGAUGUCUGCUGGCGGUAUAAUAACUGCUACGCUUCUGUGCAGAUUAUUGAAGCGAACAUGAGAAUGAAGAUACUUGCACAUCUUGCAUAGCCGCCUCUGCUGUUUAUAUAUCUUACCAUUGACCUUGUAUUUGGCUGUUAAAUUAUUUUCCUUCAGCGUUUCAAUUGUUUCUUUUCUCUUUUAAACAAACCAGCAUUUGAAUUUACAGAAGUAGAUGAAGAUAGUCAUAUAUUAUUUAUCACAACUCUUUACCCUUUCAUACAAUAGUAGAAACUACAGGUGUAACUGGUUAAUAUGGUCA